AUGGUGUUCCUAAUCAUCCCUCUGGUGCUGUGUGUCGUGGCCAUCCCUGCCGGGGUGCUGUUGAACGGCUACAUCCUCUUUGUCACCGGCUGCCAUAUGGAGAGGACGGCCAGCUCCGUGUGGUUCCUGAACCAGGCCAUGGCCGAUGUCACCUUCAUCGUCUUCCUGCCCCUCAGAUUCACCUCCACCUUCAUGCUGGACACAGACUGGGCCAAGCGGCUGAGCAGCACCGUCACCUCCCUACACAUGUUUGCCAGUGCCUUCCUCCUCACGGCCCUCAGUGUCGAUCGCUGCAUCCUUGUGGCGCGCCCUGAGUGGGCCCGGAACCACCGCACGCCCCACCUGGCUUUCAGGAUGGUUAUGGGCCUGUGGGCCCUGUCUGCUGGGUUCAGCUUGCGGUACAGUGAUCUCUGGGAAUCCCUGCUGUCACCUGCCAGCAGCAGCAUGAAUUUCCGACUGGAUGAAGAGAGGGUGAAGACCUCCGUGGUGAUCCAGUUCCUGGUCGGGUUUCUGAUCCCAUUAGCCUUGAUCUUGAUCCCAACCAUCUACAUCUUUCUAGCUGCCAAGCUCAGAAGGAACAGGCAGAUCCAGUCCACCAAGCCACUCAAGAUCCUUCUUGGCUUGAUCCCGACCUUUUUCCUCUGCUGGCUGCCGUAUCACGUCUUCUCCUUCCUGCUGAUAUCAGCUACAUACUCUCUACCUCUUCUGGAAAUAGGAAGCGCUUUUGCUUGGGUCCUGACAUAUUUCAGUAGCUGCCUCAACCCCAUCUUCUACCUCACCAUGGAUAAAGAGUUUCUGAGGUACCGGCAACAUGCACGCAACCUCGAAACCACCGACAACUUGGGGCCAGAGCCGGAUGAAUAG